CCGGGACCUUUUUAGGCGGGGCUCGAUGGAGUCGUCCCCAGUGCCCCACCACCUUUCUCCAUCAACAGUCAUCACUACUUCCGAUCCCACUGCAAGCAUCACUACACAGUACACAGUCGCCACGCGCGCACAUUUGAGGCCAUGGAGAACUGCGAGAGCAUCGAUUACUAUCAGAAGCCUUCUUCUCAUGCUGCCAGCAAACCAACCACCAUGGACAAAGCCUUCACCGAGGACAAGGGCAAGGUCGAUGACCAUGCCGCCGGGCAGGAGCCGGAGAGCCAGGAUGAGUUCUUCAGCGACUCCGAGUCGGGGUCCGAGUCCAUCGAGAUCGCCAACCUCAAGAAGCGCAUGUGGAAGGACCAGCUGCUGCUCAUGAAGCUCGAGGGCCGCUCCGGCCGCGACCGCCCCCACCCCGACGCCGGCCAGGGCCAGCAGCAGCAGCAGCCCGGCGCCGACCACUGGGACCAGGCCCUGACCAAGGAGAAGGAGGAGACGCCCCAGGCGCGGUACCGGCGCAAGGCGAUGCUCCGGGCGCAGGACGGCGUGAUCCGGCACAUGCUCAAGAUGAUGGAGGCCUGCAACGCGCGCGGGUUCGUGUACGGCGUCGUGGACGAGACCGGCGUGCCCGUGUCCGGCUCCUCCGACAGCCUCCGCGGCUGGUGGAAGGACGACGUCGGCUUCGACAAGGCCGGGCCACUGGCGCUCCUGUCCGGCGUCCACCAGGCGGCGGGUGACCCCGGGAGCCCCAUGGCGGCGUCGUUCCUCCACGGCCUCCACGACAUCCAGGACAGCACGCUGGGCUCUCUGCUGUCGGCGCUCAUCCAACACUGCGAGCCCCCGCAGCGGAGCUUCCCGCUGGACCGGGGCCUGGCGCCGCCGUGGUGGCCGACGGGGCAGGAGACCUGGUGGGGGUCGCAGGGCGAGGCCCAGGCGCACCAGGGCCCACCGCCGUACCGGAAGCCCCACGACCUGAAGAAGGCUUGGAAGAUCUCGCUGCUGAGCGCGGUGAUCAAGCACCUCAGCCCGCGCUUCGACCAGAUGCGCAAGCUCGUGUGGCAGUCCAAGCGGCUGCAGCACAAGAUGAGCGCCAGGGACGCCGAGACCUGGUCCAAGGUCAUCACCCAGGAGGAGGCGCUCGAUCGCCACGCGCAGCGCGCCCUGCAGAUCACGCCGCUCGAGGAGGACGAGGACGAUGACGGCGGGCCCGACGCCGGUGACGUCGAUUCCCCGCUAGCGGCGGCGCACCACGUCGACAAGCGCAAGCGCAAGGUCGGCCGCGAGGGCGACAGCAACGCGGGCGGCGGCGGCGGCGGCGUCGACGUCGGCAAGGCGUUGCUGGCGCUGCCGGACAUAGAUUGUGUCCCCGAUGCGGACCGCAGCUCGAUCGACGAGCUCAUGAGGCUCUAUUACCGAUGCCUGCAGGGGACCGAGGACGACGGCGAGCACGACGUCAAGGGCGCGGUGGCAGUCGUCAGGGACGGCGGGCAGCACAGCGGCGGUGGCGCAGUCGACGAGGCCGCGCCGGUGGCGCACCGCGACAUGUUCCUCCACGGUUCGCAGCAGCACGGCGGCGGUGCUGUCGUCCCUCAUCAGGCCGCGGCGAACGACGCGUCGUCGGUGCACGAACACGACAUGCUCCGCAGCAUGCUGGGAGUCGCUGAUGUCGUGGACAUGAGCGACUUCCUGAACAGCCCGAUCUGGCAGUGGGGGGUUUACGACUGACUAGAGUGGUGAGUUAGCUAGAACGACACGGUAAGGGCUAGGUGGAGUGCUAUGUUAAUUACUUACGCCUGUUUAAUUAUUUCCUCAAGUUCUUUUAAUUUUAUUCCGGUGAGCGAUAAGCAAGCUAAGUUUGUUUGGAAUUCUGUCUUCAUUCUCCAAGAUGAAGGAAGAAACUUCUGUCA